UUUCCAGCGAUAUUUCAACGAACAUCCGUGUCCAGGGGUCAACUGAGGAUCCAAGGUGUCGCGACUUGCCUGUACCUGUGCAUGGAUUCCUGUGGUCUUCUUUACGGCUCGCGCGAGUACACGGACGAUUGCGUGUUCAACGAGACCCUGGAGCAGCACAACUACAACACGUACAGCUCGGCGAAAUGGUCGACGGCCAAGAAAACGUUGUACCUCGGAUUGAACCGUCACGGGCAGCCGAGGAGGGUACAGGCCAAGGGUCACAAUCUCGGCAGGCUGUCCGCCUACGCGCGGGUGUUGACUCAGGUCGCGCCUCUGGACCGGGUGGAGACGCUCCAAAGGCGGAUGCUCGGCGCCCAGCACAACGUCCGCCACCGGCACAACACCCACCGCGGCGACCUCAUCCAACAGUCCCUCUGCCCCGCCCUCCCCGCCCAGGAGAAGGACGGCAGGGACAAGUUCAGGUGUCGCAAGCGGAAGAAGAGGAAGAAGAGGAAGCGGAGGUGCAGGCCGGGCGAGAAGCCGGGGCCGCAGUGCCAAACGGCGGAGGGCAAGCUGCUCGUUCCGCCGCCGCCCAGCAACCAGAGCCUAGCCGUGGCGGCCACCAACGCCACGAUCCAAUCGAAGAGGCCGUGCGAGGGUUUGGCCAGCGAGGAGGCCUGCCGAAGAGAGGCCCUCUCGGUCCCCUCUAAGAAACGGAAGCUGCGGGUCGAGGCCGAGGGAGGAGAAGAUGGAGGAGAAGGAAAAGGAAGAGGGAAAGGAGGGAGGAACGCGAGCAACGGUAAGAGCAAAGCGCCAGCGUCAAACGCGAAAAAAGUAAACGCCGCUGGUAGCACGAGUCAGAGUAAAAAGCCUAAUUUGACGAACGGGAAGAAGAGAAAGAAGAAGGGGGCGCAGCAACCGAGGAGGAAUUCGUGGUCGGGCCGGAAGAGGUUCAAGCCUGGCGGAGCGGCGAACGCGACGGCCACCAUCGCCACCACGACGACGACGACGACGACGACGACGACGAUACCGACGACCACGACGACGGUAGCAGGCACGACGACAACGGGCGUGGCGUAGGCCGAGCAGAACUCGAGGACAGCUCGAGGGGAGAGGAAGAUUGCCCGCGGCCUCUGGCGGGCAAAGCCGGAACCCUGCGCCCCUCGCCAUGGUGCCCCCUUAAUUCCUCCUUCUUGUUGCUGCUGGUUCGCUCGGUGUGGACCUCGCCCCGAUCCUACCACGCCGCGUGAGAUCUGUGAAAGCGCGCGAGGAUCGCUUCGGCCUAAUCGUCUCCUUCGUUCCCUCGAUUAUAUCGCGAUAUAUAUACACACACACGCUC